UUGUGUCGUGCUGAGGAAUUGGAGUUACUUAUUUGUGGAAAUAGAGUUCUUGACUUCAAAGAAUUGGAGAAAACUGUAAGAUAUGAAGGUGGUUUUGAGAGAAAUCACCCUACAAUAAGAAAUUUUUGGUCUGUCGUACAUGAUUUCUCUCACCAACAAAAAAAGCAAAUCUUAGCAUUUGUUACUGCUAGUGAUCGUGUUCCAAUCAGAGGGUAUAGUGAUAUGUCCUUUACCAUUCAAAGAAACGGCCCCGACUCCGAUAGACUACCAACAGCACGAACAUGUUUUGGAGUCCUUUUGCUUCCCGAUUAUAGCACAAAGGCAAAACUUAGUGAUCGAUUAUUAGUGGCGAUUCAAAAUGGUAGAGGUUUUGGUUUUGCAUAG